AUGGAUUUUGGUUUUGGCCUAUUCUUACCCAAACGGCAAAGUCCGGAACCGCCAAAAUCCUCAUCAGGCGCAUCAGCCGCAUCGGCGACAAGCCCCCGCGCAUUCCAUGCCUCAGGCUCGGAUUCCUCCUCCUCUUCUCUCCUCUCCUUCGGUCCGUACCUCCCUCUAGCAACCGCCAGCGACACCGCUAGCAGCAAGUCUUUGAGCGCGUCAGGCGCCGAGAUUCCCGCUGGGUCCACUUCCUCCACCUCCUCCUCUUCAAGCGGUCAGGCCAGCGCCACCGCGAAACGCGGCGGGACUUCCGGCGCAACUCGCGCUGGUUUUCUUGCCGGGGGUAGAGAUUCAGGAGGAGGUGGAUGUGGGGGCGGUGGUUAUGGGGGAGGAGGAACCGGGGGAGGUUCAGCUUAUGCUGGAGCAAGUGGUGAGGGGAUGGGUGGGAGAGGAGCGAUGAGGACUGCUGUGGGUGGCGGUGGUAACCAUGUUACAAGUGGUUUUGAUGGUGAAAGCGGUAUUGUUAGUGGUGCGGACAGGUUCAGUGGUGUCAGGACAACGAAAACUGCAGCUGCGGGUUUAGGAGGCGUGGGGGGCAUGGGAUACUUAGAAGGAGGAGCAAGAGGAGCAAUAGGAGCGCGUCGAGAAGCAGGGGUUGCAGACGGCAAAAUAGGAGCACUUAAGGCAGAAAGAGCUAGUACUGUUGGUACCUUCUCCGCCGGCCCUACUGGUACCUCUCGUGUCAACCCUAUUCGCGCCUCUACUGGCGCUGCUGUUCCUCCUGUCGCUCCUGCCGCUCCCGGUGCUGCCACCAGCACCAGCACUGGCAGCAGCAUCACCAACAGUGGCAGCAGCAGCAGCAGAGGGGGAGUGACAGGGAGCAGCAAGUCGGAUUUGCUGUCGCGGGACUUAUGGAUGAAGGACAGCCACGCGCUGCACUGCUACGCGUGUGACGCGCAGUUCACCAUUCUAAACCGCCGCCACCACUGCCGGCGCUGCGGCCGCGUCUUCUGCGGUCGAUGCACCCAGCGCUCCAUCCCCAUGCCCUUCCUCCGCCGCGACCAGCCACGGCCACUCCUGCCAGCCUCUGCUGCUCCUGCUGCUGGUGGUAGUGGUGGUGGGGGUGCUGGUGCUGGUGGUACUACUGCUGGGGUUAACUCUGCUGGUGGUGCUGGUGGUGGUGGUGGUGGUGGUGGUGGUGGUGGUGGUGGUGUUGGUGGUGGUGUUGGUGGGGUUCAGGAUGUUGCUACUGAGAAGGUUCGGGUGUGCGACCAGUGCUAUGCCGAGGCUCUCAGCUUGCCUCGGAGGGACCCCCAGGCUAGAGGUGCAGGUUCGGCGUUUCGGGAAGCGGUCGAGGUGGGAGAGGGAAGAGGUGGAGGGGGGCAGGGGAGGGGAGGGAGGGGGGAGGGGAGGGGAGGAGAAGGGGAUCUGUGGGAGUGGGAGGAGGGAGGGAAGAUGAGGCGGGGAGUGGGACGGGGAAGGGGUCGGAGUGGAGGAAUAGGGGGAGAAAUGGGCGGAAUGUAUGGGCCUGUCAUGGGGAUGGGAGCGCUGAAGAGCGUUUCAGUGGGCGAGGGGUGGGGACGGGACAGCAGGGGCGGGUAUAGGGGAGAAGGAGGGGCGUUGUUGGGUUUCAGACGGCAGCAGAGCAGUGGAUUGGCGGAGGGCGUGGGAGAAGGUGGUGGAGUUGGGACGCAGUAUGAGUUCAGGCACCCAAAAUACAGGAUUGAUGACGAAUACUUUGGGGAGGAAGAGGAGGAGGACGCAGAGGAGGAGGAAGAUGAAGAAGAGGAGGAGGAGGAGGAUGAUGAUGAGGAUGAGGAUGAAUGCGAGGAAGACGAUGAUGACGAGGAGGAGGACGAGGAAGAGGAGGAGGAGGAGGAGAUGGGGUAUAUACUGUCUCAGGGAAGGGCGAGGCGAAGAGGCAGGGUAAGGGGCAGUACCGACUCUAGGGGAGACGGGCCAGGGGAAAGGUUCAAAGGAGAAAGUGAGGGAGAGAAUUUGCAAUCAGGAGGCAGAGGGGACAGAAGAGUCGGGAUUGGAGCACAGGAGGAAGCAGCAACAACAGCAGCUGGUAAUGGAGGAAGGAUAAACGAGGAAAGGAUGAAAGGGAGAUAUGGAAGGGGAGCAGGAGCAGGAGAAGCAAGAGGCGGAACAGGAGCAGGAGGAGCAGGAGAGGGAGCAGGAGCAGCAGUGGUAGUAGCAGGAGGAGGAGGAAGAGGAGGAGGGGGUGUGGGUGGAGGUAAAGCGGAAGCAACACGGAAAGGGCUGUUGGGACUGACUGGUUUUGGUGUUGGGGGCCUGAGUGGGUUUGGUGUGGGGUUCCAGUCGCGGACUCUCUCCCAUGACAGUCUGCUGGGACUCAGUGGGGCGCAGGAUGGGGGGAGAAGUGAGAGGAAUGGGUGGGACGGACGAAGCGAGAGGAGUGGCUCGGAUUCCAGGUGGAGGGGUGGUGGGGAGGCGGUAGUGGAAGGGGAGGAAGGGGAGGAUGGGGAGUCGCAUGAAAGAGAGAGCAGCGGAACGGAGAUGGCCGGUGAUAACGACGCCAGAAGAGGCAUUCCCAUCAGCAACGCGCCAGCAAAGCCCAAGGAGCCGUACGAGCGAUUAGGUUCCAUCAAGGGGUGGGGAGGCUGGGAGCAUCUAGGCGCAGCAGUGACAGAGGAGGAGAGCGACAGAGAGAGCCCUUCCAUGUGGGACCUCGCUUACUUCCCUCUCGGGUUCACCAGGACGUUUGGGCUUGGUCUAGGCGGGGGGAAGGCAACGGGGAGCAGGAUGGGCGGUGGCGGGGGAGGGAGUGGUGGUGGUGAUGGUGGUGUGGGUAAAUCUUCGUCGGCUAAUGCGCUCGACUCAGAGGGGUUUGGUGGUCGGUUGGAGGGAGGGGACGGCAUGGGUGGGGGCUUGGGAGGGGCAGGGAGGACGAGGAGUAGGUUUGGGUUGGAAGAGGGGGAUUAUGUGGAGGACAGCGAUUGGUGGUGCCGGGACAGGUGGACGCUGGGAAGGAAAGCGGGCAGGGGUGGUGGUGGUGCCGCUGCUGGUUUGAGCAUGCUUGAUGCUGCUGCUGGUUUGAGCACGCUUGAUGCUGCUGCUAGGCAGGGAGUGGGAGUAAGGGGGGGUGAGCAGUGGCAGCGAGGGGAGAUGGGUGAGGGAGCAGCAGUAGGUGUGAGGGAGGCAGGAGCAGAGGGAGAGGGUGAGAUAUCCCAAGAUAAGGGUGGCGUUCACAGCGCAUUUGAGAUGAAAGGUGGCACUGAGAGGGCAGGGUUAACUCAUGCUGCUGCCCCUGGUGCUGCUUCCUUGGCAGCUUCUGCUGGAUCAGGAGCAAUAGCAGCAGGACCAGAAGCUUCAGCGAACGCAGUACCAGCAGAACUGCCAGCUGAAGCACCAGCAGGUAGUGUAGCAGCAAUGCCCGUGACGGCAGGAGCAACUGCAGCAACCGCCUCACAGCAGUCUGUGGGGAGAGGAGCACAGGGGGCACAGUAUGAUGUGGAAGAUGCAGAUGCAGGGGAGGAGACGGCGGAAGGAGUGGCGUCCGGAUUCGGCGUAUCUCCGUACCUGCAGUCGUCGUACGGCUCGUCGUCCUCCGAGUGUCCAGAUGCGGUGAACUUGGAGGCGAAUAGCAAGCUCUGGGAGACGCCGCCUCCGGAUUCGUCUGCACUUGGGGGAGGUGGGAUCCAGGGCAGGGGCAGGGCGGUUGCAUAUGUGGAUGAAGAGGAUGAGGAGGGUAGCUGGUGGAACGAGAGAGGAGGGGAAGGAGAAGGAGAAGGGGAAGGAGAUGGGUGGGAUGCAGGCAGCAGCACUGGUCAGUAUGGUGAUAGCUCAUCCUCGGUUUAUGGGGGUGGGGAGGGGUGGCAGGGGGAUGGACAGAUGGGGACAUACAGCGGAGGAGCAGGAGGAGGAGGCGGGGCAACACGAACAGCGGGGAAAGAGGGAGGAGGAGGCGCUGCAGCUGCUGCUGCAGCACCGGCAGGGGCGGGAACAGUGCUACCAGGCAGUGUGGACGCACGGGAGAGGCUAAGGGAGGUGGUGGAGGGGCAUUUCAGCGCACUGGUAGAGCAGAUGCUGAAAGCAGAGGGGCUGCAGGCAGGGGCCGAGGGAGACCCUGAGGGGUGGCUUGAGGUGGUUCGGCGCCUGGCCUCCGAAGCUGCGUCACUGGUUCGGCCGGACUCGAGUUCGAUGGGGGGGUAUAUGGAUCCUGGGGGAUACAUCAAAGUGAAGUGCAUCGCGGGGGGGAAGCGCAGUGAGAGGUACGUGCCAGGAGGGGGCCUGGGAGAGGAAGCACUCCAGGAAGCUGUGUGCUGUGUGGUGGACGGAGUGGUGUGUCGCAAGAACGUGGCCAACAAGAGAAUGGCAUCAGACAUCCGGUGGCCGCACAUCGCUCUGCUCGCCUCCACUCUCGAGUACCAGCGCUGCCCCAACCGCCUCUCCUCCAUCGACACGCUGCUCGCCCAGCAAGAGACCCAUCUGCGCCACAUGCUGCAGAAGAUCGAGCGCAAGUUCCCCCGACCCCCCCCCCCACAAGCCCCUGUACAAGCCCCCUUGCAAGCCUCCUUGCAAGGCCACUUACAAGGCUACCCACAAGGCUACCCACAAGGCUACCCACAGGGGCCGCCCAGCAGCCAUGGCGCACUCUCUGUUCCAACCACACCCACGGGAGCAGCAGCGGGGGCAAGGGGCCGGGGUUUCCGGGGUGAAGGGGAGUUGGGUUCAGGGCUCACGAGGCAGACUGGGGUGCUUGGGAGUGGUGCUUUUGGUGGUGUUAAUAGCGCUAACACGGGCGGGCAGAUGGGCGGGCAAGCGGGCGGGCAGGUGGGCGGGCAGGUGGGCGGCAGUGUGUUGUUAGUGGAGGGAACAGUGUCAGGGUUCGCGCAGCAGUGGAUGGUGGAGCACCGCAUGUCUCUGGUCUUCAAUGUCAAGCGCUCGCUGCUGGAGAGAGUGGCGCGCUGCACGGGAGCUAAAGUGGCCCAGUCCGCUGAGACCCUUGACAGGCUGGGGCAGUGCCAGCGGUUCUGGACGAGGAAGUUUGUGGAGGAGUGGGAUGCGGUGGGGAGCGGUGGCGGUGGGGUGGGGCCACAGGCUGGUGUGGGGGGAGGCAGGGGGAGGGGGGCUGCGACGGGUGGUGGUGGCGGUGGUGGCAGCAUAGCUGCUGGUUGUGGUGCUGGGGGUGGUCGCAAGAACGUGAAGACGCUGUUGUUUCUUGAGGGCUGCCCGAUCCCUCUCGGCUGCACUGUGCUGCUGAUGGGGGCGCCUACAGCGGAGCUGAAGAGGGUGAAGAGGGUGAUGCACUUUGCAGUGUUCGCCUCCUACCACCUCGCCCUCGAGACCUCCUUCCUUGCAGACGAAGGCGCCCUCCCCCCCGGCAUCGCUCCCUGCCCUCCUCUCUGUGCCGCGUUACCUCCUCCUGCUCCUGCUGCUCCUCUCAUUUCCGCUCCUGCUGCUGCUGCUGCUGCUGCUGCCCCGUUUCCCGCGGUUGCUGUUGAUCCUCCUCCUCCUGCUGCUGGUGCGGGUGCUGCUGCUGCUGAGGCGGCUUUCUCAGGUGAAUCUGCCGCUGUUGAUGCUCCAGCACGGCCUAGAGAUGGUGGGAUUGGGGAGGGUGAUUGUGGGGAGCAAGAUAGACUAGCACAGGCACAGGUCUCUGGUGCUCUCGUUGGCUCUCAUCUGCCAGCUGGCGUGCCGCCAUUGGCCAGUGAUGUUCCGGCAGCGCAGCCUCAUCUGCUUGCUGACGUCAUGGCUGCUGACGUGGCUUCCACAGAUGAACCUGCUGCUGUCAAUCGUUCAGCCGGAAUCAGUGCUGGUAGUAUUAUCACCCCGCCUCCUGCUAUAGUCACAUCUGUACCCGCUAGUAGCAGCAGCACUGGCAGCAACAGGCCGUCGCCUCGCCGAAUCGCACAGCUAUCAGCAUCUCUAUGGGCUAGUGGGGUGUCUUCUGUGAGAGAGUGUGUGAGGGAGAGUGGGGAGGGUGUGAGAAAGAUUGAGGAGCAUGUGAGGGAGGCUCCAGAAGACAGUGAAGGUCGAAACAAAGAGGAGGCGGGCACUGGGGAAACAGGAGGAGAAGGAAACUCAGGUAGAGGGGCAGGGGAGGCAGCAGGUGAGGCGGCAGGGGGAUCAACAGCGUGUGAGGCGAAGAAGGUUGCUGCUGCUGCUGCUGCUGGUGCUGCUGCUGGUGAAGGAAAGAAGAGUGAAGUGAAUGCGGCAACACAAGGAGGGGCGUUGGAGAGUGAAUUGCCUGCUGUAGCAGCAGCUGCAGCACCAGCACCAGCAGAGGUAGCAGGUGGUGAGGGGAUGAUGGCGCAUGCAUCAGCACAGGGGCAGCAGCCACUGGUGGGUGAGGAGCUGCCCUUGAAUCAAUCACAGCAGCCUGCAGGGGUGCUUUCUCCUCCUCCUCCACAGCAGCCGGAGCAGCAGCGGCAGCAGGGGGGGCCCCACCUGGCCCACCCACUGGCGCCGGUGUCCCCCUCAGAGCACCAGUCGAUCCUGGUGUGGGCGUCCAGCCGCUGUGUGUCGCGCAAGCUGCUGUGUGAGCCGCCGGAGCUGAUGAGAAUCAAGUACUACGGCGAUAGGGACAUGCCUCUGGGGCACUUUCUCACCCAGUUCGUGCUUAAUCCUCUCUGGCGCUGCAAGUGCGGCAUGCCAUCACAGGACCACGUGCGAGUCUACUCACACAAAGAAGGCUCCCUCACAAUCUCCCGCUGCAAGUGCGGCAUGCCAUCACAGGACCACGUGCGAGUCUACUCACACAAGGAGGGCUCCCUCACCAUCUCCCGCUGCAAGUGCGGCAUGCCAUCACAGGACCACGUGCGAGUCUACUCACACAAGGAGGGCUCCCUCACCAUCUCCGUGCGCAAGGCAGACGACAUCCUCCCCCCCACACACCCCCUGCAACUGCCAGGGGGAGGGGGAGCAAGCGGGGGGAGAGGAACCUAUGGGGGCAGCGGAGGGGGGUACGGGGGAGGGGGGACGAGUGGAGCAGCAGGGGAGGGGGAUAUGGGGUGUGGUCAGGACGCUGGUGUGUCUGGUGGUGUGUCUGGUGGUGUGUCUGGUGGUGUGUCUGGUGGUGUGUCUGGUGGUGUGUCUGUUGGGUCGUCUGGUGCUGCUGCUGUGGGCGGUGCAUGCCCGCCGCCCGCUGCCCCCCGGUGCAUCUGGAUGUGGCACCGCUGCCGGCAGUGCCGCCCGGUGGACGGAGUGGCGCCGGCCACGCGCCGCGUGCUCAUGUCCGAGGCGGCGUGCAAGCUGUCGCUGGGAAAGUUCCUGGAGCUUUCGUUCACGAAUCAUGUGGUGGUGGGGCGGCUGGCGGCGUGUGGGCACUCGCUGCACCGCGACUGCCUGCGCUUCUACCGGAGUGGCGAGAUGAUAGCAUGCCUGGCCUACUCGCCCAUGCACCUCUACUCCGUCUGCCUGCCGCCUCUACGCCUCAGCUUCAACCACCGCCAGCAGCAGCAAUGGCUCGUGGACGAAUUUAACGAUGUAGCGGAGGCAGCGGAGCAAGUUGUCAUGAACAUCAUGAACGCGCUUGACGCCCUCGCUGCGCGCAUUGUGGCGGACGGUUGCAAUGUGCCCCAAACCACCUCUUGUCCCUCUUCUCUCCCGCUCUCCCUUUCACUCACAGGUGGCGGAGGCAGCGGAGCGAGUCGUCAUGGACAUCAUGAACGCGCUUGGCGCCCUCACAACCCGCCUGUUGUCAAGAGGUGGCGCGUGCUCAUGGACAUCAUGAACGCGCUUGGCGCCCUCGCAGCCCGUCUGGUGGGGGCCAGCCCGUCUGGUGGGGGCCAGCCCGUCUGGUGGGGGCCAGCCCGUCUGGUGGGGGCCAGCCCGUUAUCUGUUUCAACACACCUAUCUCCCUCCCUCUCUCCUUCUCCCUUACAGGUGGCGGAGGCAGCGGAGCGCGUGUUCAUGGACAUCAUGAACGCUCUCGAUGCGCUUGCAGCGCGACUGGCACAGGGCGGCCCGCUGUCUGCCAGCCGCUUCCCCGAGGCCCGGGCCAGCCUGGCGCUGCUGGAGGCUACCCUGCAGCGCGAUAAGGCCGUGUUUGAUAAUAAACUCCAGCAGGCAGCACCGGAUUUUAGUCUGCCCGCUGGGCAGCCCGUGACGGACAUUCUGGAGCUGAACCGGGUGCGGCGAGAUCUGACCGGCCAAUUGGCUGAGUGGGCGGAGCGGCUGCAAAGAUUAACGGCGGAGAUUCAACAGCCACCACAGCAACGAGCAGCAGUCAUGGCAGCAACCCCAAUGCAAUCCGAAGCACCAGUAGCUGCACUUGAGGCAGAAGCAGCGUCAGAAACAGGUGGAGAAGAAGCAAGGCCACCAGACGGCAGGAAAGGCGCUGGUCUAGCUACGGGACAGGUGUCAUCCAAUGAUUCGCCACCAAAAGCCAGCCCGAAACAGCCGCAGCGGCAGGUAGAAGGCGGGUCUCUGGAGGUGCAAGGCAGGGAUAGGGAUGACUCCGUGGGGCUGUUCAGUGCCACUCUAGACCUCGCCGCCCGGGCCGCUGAGGCUCGGCGAAAGAAGGCCUGGGAGACGGAGGCUCGGGAAAUAGAGGCCCGGGAACCGGAUGCAGCAGGAACAGAGGCCCGACAAGCAGGGACAGAAGAGUCCCUUUUGCCAGUAUUGAAAGCUUCGGGGAAGGAGGUUAAAUACGAGGGAGAGCAGGAGGUUGAGAGUGGUUCUGGGAGCGUGUUGCUUGAUGGUGGGAAAGGAGGAGUGGAGGAGAGUGGAGUGGAGGGGAAGGGAGAGGAUGGAGUGGAGGGAGUUGGAGGAGAGGAGGGUGUUAAGGGGAGUGGGUUGGAGGAGAAGGGAGAGGAGGGUGUUAAAGCAAGUGAUAUGCAUGGGAAUGUAGAGGGUGGCAGUAAGGGAGAAGUGGGGGAAAGCGGUGAGGCGGUAGCCCUACAUGCACAAGGUGGUGACGCUGAGAGUGAGUGCGAGGCUGAGGCAAGCAGCAUGCUGCGAGUGGGUAUCAUAGAUGCAUUUGAGGAGGAGAAGCCAGAGGCGAAUGAUGAGAGCAUGGCGCCCCUUACUCUGACGUGGCGGUCGCUGAGUCAGCAGCGGAUGCUGCAGCAGUUGCUGACUGGGCGGUUGGAGUGGCAGGAGCAGCAGUGGUGCCACGUGUGCUGUCAGUCGGACAUCUCCCUCGUCAACAGUGCUGCAUCGCUGGUGGAGGGACAGGCUCAGGUGGGCGAGGAAAGGGAUGGGGAAAGAGAUGUUGAGGUGAAGGCAGGGGCGGCGGAGGAAAGCGAGGAGAAGGCGGGGGAGAAGCAGACAGAGGAAGGCGAGACAGGGGAGGAGAGGACAAACGAGGAGAAGGCAGGGGAGGGAAACGCACGGGAGGGAACGGAAGAGGAGGAGAACGCAGGGGAGGAAAACGCAAUGGGGACAGACAAGGUGAGUGCGGCAGAGGUUGCAGGUGAAGUGGAGGAGACAGCAGAAGAGGAUGCGGGGAAUUUUGAGGAGGGAAAGAAGGAGGAAUUUUCUUCUGAGGCUGGUGAUAGUGUGGAUGGGGUGGGUGUGAGGGAGAUGGUUGCUGAUGCUGCUGCAGAGUGCGGGGGCAGCGCUCAUUCUGAGACUGAUGAUUCUGAUGAGACUGAUGGGACUGAUGGGACAGCACAGGGCGCUGCUGUGGCGUUGGAGAGUGGGAGGGACCAGUACCCUCCGGCCUUGCUUGGCCGAGCACAUGUGCUGCUCCCCCCCGGCAUCGGCGGGCGCAUCAUAGCGGUGUAUGAGGACGAGCCCACGUCGCUCAUCGCCUAUGCCAUCUCGUCCAAUGAGUAUUACCGCGCCGUGCAUGGUGCCGCUGCUGUCCUCGGUUCCACUGCUCAAAACGCCAAUAGUGGUGCUGCUGCUGUCGCUAAUGCGUCUGCUGCUGGGGGAGGGAUUGCGAGUGCUGGUGUGGGUGCUGGUGCAGGUGUGGGUGUGAAUGUGGGGCAAAUAGGGAGUGUGUUUGGGCCUGGAGUAUCGGCCAGGGGGGUUGGGGGGAGUGGCAGAGUGGUGGAAUCGGAGGUGGUGGGGGCGAAAGCAGUGGGUGAGCUGGUGAGGCAAGCCUCUGCAGCAGCUGCGGCUGCAGCAGCAGUGGCGGCGGCGGCGGCAGUGGUUGAGUUGGAUGCUGCAGCAGGAGGAGGAGCAGCAGCAGCAGCAACAGCAGCAUCAGGACAAGGAAGUCCAGUAGCAGCAGUGGCAGCCGGAGGAGCCGUUUCCAGUUCAGCAGGCGCAGAAGGAGCAGCUAGAGAAGAGGCGACUUGCAGCAGUGCUGCCCCUCCAGAAGAUUCACUCACGCGGAACACCUGUCGCACCGAUGCCUCUCCGGCCGGUGCUGCUACCAGGCCGUUAGAACCUGCAGCAGCCAGCACAGAUGCUGGCGCAGCAGUGGAUGUACAGUCUACUACAGGUGCAGAGGCAGCAGGUAAGGAGUCAGCAGCAGGAGAAGGGAGAGGAGUCGAUCUAAUUACAGGAAGGGGAGAGGGAAGUGGAGCAGAGUUAGCGAGCUUAGGUGCAGGAGUAGCAGCAGCAGCAGCAGCAGCAGCAGCAGCAGCAGCAGCAGCAGCAGCAGCAGCAGCAGGAGAAGUGUGUGGGGCUGCAGAGGGCAGAAGCCUUGGUGGGGGAGACGAUGGAGGAGGUAGUGAAGCAGCAUCAGUGGCCCAUGGCAAUGGCAGUUCGACGCACAACAAAGGGCAGAGCCAUGAGCCAGAUGCUGCUUCAGCAGACAGUGCUGCAAAAAUGCGGGCAUCGUCUGAUGGAAGUGUUGUUAGUGCAGAGGGGAUGGGAGCGUGUAGGGGAGAGAGCGAGGAUGGUGAUGGGGAAGGGGAUGACCCGAAUGGGGUUGCUGGUAGUGGGGCUGGGUUGGCGAGCAGAGGUGUGGGGCCAGGUAGAGAAGAUAGCGAGGGAGUUGAGAGUGGUGGGGUAGGAUCUAGGGCCGAGCUGAGAACGCCAGUAGGAGUGGAGGGGGAUGGUGCUAGUCCUGGUGUUGAUGUUGCUGAUGAUGGUGCUGCUGCUGAGGGCAGUGGCGCUAGUGGUGGAGGCAGGUGCGUUGAUUCCGGAGAGGAGGAGGGAGUAUGCAAGGCAGAUGCUGGCCCUGGGCUGUCGCCGCAAGACCCUCAGCCUGCAUCCUCGGUACAGCACGAUCCGUUACAGGCAAAGCCGGAGACAGCGCAACAAGUGCAACAAGAAGCGUCACAACCAGGGUCAGAAGCAUCGCAAUCACAACAGGAAGCUUCUCAAGCACAGCCAGAAGCGUUGCAAUCGCAGCAGGAACCAUUACAAGCGCAGCCAGCCGGGGGUGACACAGUGCCACUGCCUGUGCCAGCCCGGGAAGAAACAGCAGUGCCAGUGCCGUCUCAGGAGGACCCGCUUUUAUCCCGGGAGAAGCGGCACGUGAAAGUGGCAUUCACAGUAGGGGGAGGUGACGAUACCCUGCCCUUUCCUGCACUACCCUUCCUCCCCGGCCCCAGCACCAACCCUGCUGGCACCUCUGGCACUGUAGGCAGCAGCGGCAUUAGCGGCAUUGGCGGCAUGACCAGCAGUGGCAUGAACAGUGGCGGUAUAGGCAGUGGUGCGUCGACGCCGGUGGGUGCCGGUAGCAGUAGCCGCCGCCGUGGGAUUGCUGGUGGGGUUGGUGGGGGGAGCGGCUCUGCAGCGUCAUUCCAAGUGACCGCUUAUUUCGCCAAGCAGUUUGACGCUCUCCGCCGCAAGUGCUGCUCGCCCUUCCCCCCGCUCGCCCCGGCCGCUGCCUCAUCCAGUCAGCAGAAGGCUGGAGCUGACACAGGAGAAGGGACAGCAGCGGGGACAGCAGGAGCAGCAGGGGCGGCAGGCGCAGCGGCGGCAGGGGAAGGGGUGGUGGACGGGAGUGGCGAUGUGGAGUUUGUGCGCUCGCUGUGCCGCUGCAAGCGCUGGAGUGCCGAGGGCGGCAAGAGCUCCGUGUAUUUUGCCAAGACUGCGGACGACCGCUUUGUCAUCAAACAGGUGGGGCGAAGCUUUUUAAUUUCUCAAAUCGACUCAAACAGCCAAGCCCUUGUGUUUUCCCCCUCCAAUCUCCCUCAUCCCCGUUAUAAGGUGCAACGCAAGGAGAUACUGGCAUUCCUGGACUUCGCCAACGACUACUUCAAGCACCUCUUUGACGCCAUCGAGUCUGGCAACCCCUCCUGCCUUGCCAAGAUCCUCGGCCUCUACCAGGUGACAGCAAAGGGCGUGACUAUGGACGUGAUGGUCAUGGAGAACCUGCUCUACGGCCGUCGGAUCACCAAGCUCUACGAUCUCAAGGGCUCUCGUCGCUCCAGAUACAACGCAGACCGCUCCAAGAGCAGGGUACUGCUGGACGAGAACCUUCUAGAAGCCAUGCCCACGUCGCCCAUCUUCGUGGGAAAACGAUCCAAGCAGCUGCUGGAGCGUGCUGUGUGGAACGACACUGCAUUCCUCGCGAGACAUGCAAUAAUGGACUAUUCGCUCCUGGUAGGGGUAGAAGAGGAGCGGGCAACACUGGUGGUGGGAAUCAUAGACUUUAUCCGCCCCUACACAUGGGACAAGCAGCUGGAAACAUGGGUCAAGGCGUCUGGGCUUCUAGGGGGCGGCGGGGCAGGCAAGGACUCUACACCGACGGUCAUAUCUCCAUCGAACUACAAGAAACGGUUCCGGAAGGCCAUGCAGACGUACUUUGUGAUGGUGCCCGAUCAGUGGGUGCCGCGGGUGCCGGAAAUUGCUACUACAGCUGCUGGUGUGGUGGUGCCCGCUGUGCUGCCGCCUAGGCUUGUGCAGCCAGGGGAAGUGGAGCAACAGCAGAAGCAGAACGAGCAGCAGCAGCAGGAAAAGCAGUAG